ACGAUAGCAACUCCAAAAUGGCGGAACGUAAACACGAGCAAGUUUGGAAAAAUUUUCUAGUUAGUUAAGGCAUGCAAGGUUUGGGAGAGGCUGUUUGAAUUGUUUAGAAUCCACGUCUCACUUUCCUUGCAUCAUUUGCAAUGAAGAUGUGCUUAAAGAAAAUUGCAUGAGUAUUUAAAUCACACAGUUUCAAAACCAACCAAUCAUGGACCAGGAGACAUUGUGUCAGGAUAUUCGUCAGCUGCUGAUCAGCUGUGAGCCCAGGAUCCGUGCGGCCACCUCGCUGGAGCAAGUAGAGGACAUGAUGAGGCACCUGGAGGAACAGGAUGAAAAUUUUCACAAGUACCCUUUUGUGCGCACAAUCAAAGGCAAGUUAGAUGAGUACCUGGGAAACCUAAUCGAUGAAGAACUGGAGAAACAUUCUCAGGGUCUGGACGACACUGCUCUCUCAGACCAAGAAACCAUGGUGUCUGUGAUCACAGAAAAGGUCAUCAACUCCAAGGAGUUUGGCUCGCUUUCAAAACUUUUACGUCAAAAAGUUGGCGAGGCAGUGGACACACUGAUGUCCAAUUUUGAGGAGGAGUUUGGUCUGGGACAGAGGAGUAUGUCAGGGGAGGAGAAACAUCAGAGGAGACAUUAUUUGUUUAGUGAUGGGGACUCCUCCUUUGGGAGCUCAUUUAAUCAGGGAAUUAUGUUUUUAAAUGAAGAGAAAGGCCAGGAAUUAGCUGAAAAUUUAGAUAAAAGAAACCCACUGGAGACUCGUCGGUCAGCCCUGCAGACAUUACUCCAGAAUCCAUCCACUGAGGCCACGCAAUCUGACCAGUUGUGGAGUGCCCUCAGGAAGGGACUGCUGGAUGCACUCUCUGAUAUGGACCAGGAUCUACUGAAUAAAGGCCUAAAAUUUGUUGCCAGAAAUUUGAAUUCUACCCCCCAUGUGAUGAAAGAUGUUUAUGCUUUGCUUACUGAGCACUUGAUGACACAGUUCCAGUCCAGAAACAGUCCUGUGCCUAAAAUAAAACAUGGCUUGGACUGCAGGAAGCAGGAAAAUAUUGCUCUCCUCAAAGCAUUUCGCCUGAUGAAUGAGUUCCAGAACCAGAUCUGUGUGUUCUGGAUCAGGUACUCAGACAGGUUCCUGGAGAGUUUGGUGGAGAGUACCCUCUCCCUGCUGGCCAUCAGUUACUCUGCACCUGUGGGAGGGGCAGUGCAGAUGACCCCUGUCCACUUCUUGGCCUUACUGGACCCUAAAGCAAGCUGGUUUACCAAGUGGAUGCAUGGAGGCUUCAGUCGCACACAUGUCCUGAGUGGACUGGAAAAACAUAGGAAAAUUGUGGACAUUGCAGUGCGGCAGUGUAUGGAGUUUGCUUCAGCCAGAAAAAUUCCUCUUGAUCUGCUGAGUGAUAUAUCAGAUGCUCUGUCUAGAGAGUCCUUCAGUGAUGCCCAGAGAAUGCACUAUGUAGGACCAGAACUAGAGUACAUUCAUUUCAUGCAUUCCAUGCACUUGGUGGGCAAACUACUGCAACAUUCCAAGGGAAGGGAUUUCUUUCCUGUUCGACUAAAAGACAGAGAAGAGCCAGUGUCAGUGACUGAGUUGUUGGUGACUAUGAUUCAUCUUAUAAGUGAUCCUAGCUGUCUCACCUAUCACAAGCCCAGUGCAGUGGCCUAUGACCCUGGGGUAUUGGCUGCAGACAUGUUGAAGAAGCUGUGUAUCUCAGAGGACAUCUGUCAGAUCUGUAUGUGUAAAGAUGACAUCAUCAAUACUCUGUUGACACCCAUCACACACUGGCUGGAUGACUCCAUGGUACAGCCAGUGUCAGUGACUGAGUUGUUGGUGACUAUGAUUCAUCUUAUAAGUGAUCCUAGCUGUCUCACCUAUCACAAGCCCAGUGCAGUGGCCUAUGACCCUGGGGUAUUGGCUGCAGACAUGUUGAAGAAGCUGUGUAUCUCAGAGGACAUCUGUCAGAUCUGUAUGUGUAAAGAUGACAUCAUCAAUACUCUGUUGACACCCAUCACACACUGGCUGGAUGACUCCAUGAGAUAUGUCAUUGGUGAAAAUCAUAAUGGUGGUCCCACGGAUUUAUUUCAGGAGCAUGAUAUAAACCAGGCCACGGAGGUGACCUACCUGCACAUAGCAGACAUCUUGGCUGCUCUGGCCUCCACCAGUAGAGGGCGCCAGCAUCUGCUGUAUGGGGAGAGACAGGAGAGGUUUACCAGGUCAAAAUCCUCAGCAGCUCACAUAAUUGCAGAAUUUGUCAAAAAAGCAAUCAAUGGAAUCCUGCCAAAUGACAGUGCUCCUCCUCCGUCCAAUAAAGUUAUAGGGGCAUUCACCUACAUCUGCAGGCAGCUGUAUAAUACAUGUGAGGGCCUCUUAGUCAUGUAUUCUUAUGACCUACACAUGACAAUUGCUGCGGCUCACAGGCAGGCUUGUCUUGCCUCAGAGAUGGUUGUCACUCCCACGCCCUCUAUAAAUGGGAGUGAUUACACCUGUAGCAAAGAGUCCAGAUAUUCCUCACAUGAGGCGUUUGUCUGGGAGGACACCCUGAGAGAUAACCUGCUGAACUUUGCAGCCACACCCAAGGGUCUCCUGCUGCUACAGCAGACUGGGGCCAUAGAUGAGUGUGUGGAGUAUAUGUAUGCCAGAUAUGAGAAGAAGUUACAGCUGAGCAAGUAUGAGAAGUUUGGCUAUGGCACUAUGAUGACCCAGGUGGCGGCCACAGCCCCAGGAAUGAUGGCACUGCAAAAUACAGGAUUUAUCAAGGCCAUGGUGAAUGAGCUGUGGAGUGUGUUAGAGUGUGGGUCAGAUGACAGGACUGUGUUCACACCCAAGACCUGGCCUGUAGAACCCAUUGACAGGUUUGCACACAAGUCCCUAAUCCGAAUGCUGAACAUCCUGAGUGCAUUCCCUGCAGUGUAUGAGGUGUUAUGUGACAAGACUCUCCCAGUGAGAGAGAGCUACAGCCUCAGAGAAAUGCCUAAUACAAUACUGGAAGUGCUAGACAGACUAGUUCUGGUGGACACAGAUGCAAAGAUACACUCCCUCUUCAACUAUGAGCAAUCACAUGUUUUUGGACUCAGGUAUACUGUUGUUGGAGACAUCAUUGUCGAUAUGCUGUCUAUAGAAAGAAACUACUUGCUGGUCAAGUCCUAUCUUAUUGGUGGACCCACAGAAAGGGUCAUUCCACCAAAGGUCUUAUCAGAUAAAGGCGAUGCCUUUCCCUAUCCCAUGUUCUCCUCUUACCCUGUUCCACGAGAGUACACACCUAACAUUGCAGGGAGGUCUGUUAUGAAACAAGCAAACUUUCUGGAUACAUUAAAUACAAAUGGGCCAGAAAAUGAACUGAGUCGCUUCUUGGUGGACACCAAGGGUCAGCAGCAUGACCAGUCCUGGCUGGACAAGUGUAGGAAGACCUUCUGUACUAUACUGACCACAAAGCCAGAGCAGGCCAAGGGAAAUGUUUUACAAAACAUGUUGGAGGAAGUAACUCCAGUGCUGGCAGAUACACCAGAGGAGGCACUUUUCCCACUCAUAGAAUAUUCAGAAAAAGAGAAAGAAAGAACAGACAGUGCAUUGAGAGGUUAUCACCUCACCCCCUUACAACAACUGGGAGUGAAGAUGGCUGUCAGGUAUGGCAUGCACCUGAAGGUCCUGAACUCCAGCCCAGAAGCCACAGAGAAUCUCACACAAUUACUGAAACAGUGCGGCUACUUCUUGCAUCAGCAGCAGAAGUCUGUAGAAUCUAAUUUACACCUGCUCCAGGGAGAUUACCCAGGCUUUGACUGGUUUGCCUCCACAAUCUUCCUUCUCAUGAAUGGCAACCUAGAGAGGUCCUGGAAGUUUCUGUACCAGUUCUCAACCCUGGUGGCCUCUGGCUACUUGUGGAUACCACGGUUACACUCCUCUGUCCAUCUUCCUCAGGGUUUGAUGAGCAGUGGUAUUCCGCCUCUUUUCUCCACCACAGGACACAAUGUGGAGCUUAUCUUACUGGCUGAGGUGCCUGAGGUCUUCUCUGCCUUCAAAAUGUCAGGAUACACAGUAUCUCAGAUUGUUCAGCACUGGCUGCGUCAGUGUUUCUGGAAUUUCUUGGACUGGCUUGACAUCACCCACUAUAUCUGCCUGUGUACAGUGAUGGGAAUAGACUACCAGGUGUAUUUGUGUGUGGCCAUAUUAAAACAUAUGAAGCAGGAAAUCAUGCACCAUGUACAGCAACAGGAUCUGGUCAUUUUUCUCAAGGAGGAACCAAUCCAAGGAUUUCGUGUUGGAGAGCACCUAGAAUUUAUGCAACAGCUGGAGAAGAAAUUCAGGAAAACCAUAUUUUUGGACAUGCAGAGUAUCACAAAGCCUUGAGAAAAUAAAGUUACAGAGAGUUGAUCACUUGACUGAAAAUGGAUUUGGCAUAAGAAUCGAGUUAAAAUGAAAACAGAGUUGACUAUAUUUAAAGUUUGAUUGGUUUGAGUCUUUAAGUCUUUGGCAGGUUUUUUUUUUAUCCUGGUUGUUAAUUAAUUGUCAGUAUUAUAAUUUUGUUUCAAUUUAAGAUGUUGAAGUAUAGAUGUUCUAUACAGUAUAGGUUCCCAAUUUGAGAAUAUGAAAAACACAAGCACAAGCGCAGAUUUCUAAUACAGGUCAACAACAUGGGGCAUAUAUUUGUUACAGUUCUCCUCAUGAGGUUUAUAUAAUGUUGUGCAGGUGAAGGCAUAUAGGAGAAGUUAGAUGGAUUUUCUGUGUGACAAUCCUGUGCAGCAUGCAGUGGUUGAUAUAAUGAACGUCUUGUAUUCUGUGCUGAUAAGAGUGUCAUGUUCCAUUAUUUACACUGUAAAAUUGAACUGGUGGCAGUCAUUUGCUGCGUAUUGUGCCAUGCAUGGGACUCUGUCAAUAGGAAGUAUGGUAGUUUUGGUUAUUAUUAUUUUGAAUGAUGAUUAGGUAUAGCCUAAGGUGACCUCUUCAGCAAUGAAUGUUGGUGAAAAUUAUUAGCAGAAGAGAAAAUUUGUGUGAAUUGAUAUGUGAUUAAAAAAGAAAAGCUUAUAACUAGCUUGUGAUAGCUGAAAAUAGUCUGACCCGAAAAUAGCAUAAGCAGUGAAGU